CCAGAAAAGCGGCAGGAGCGUUGCGCAGCGAGUGAGGCAUUUGGUUUCAGUCAACGACAAAGUGUGGAUCCAACGGCCUUUUCCUUCGUCGUGAUUCGUGAAGAAAGGAUGAUCACUCACAGUAUUUCAUCGAACCUAUAAACAACUUGUGCGUCUCAAAAAUGCGUUAACCGGUGAAACACCAAAGUGCCGAGGAUUCAAAGUUUAAAAAAAAGAGAGAGACGAGUGACUUGAAAUCCCCUAAAACAAGAGUGGCUGAGAGUCCCUGCACGAGUCGGCACACGAACCUCUCUUAACCGGAAUUUCGGCGACUCGCCAUAUUGAUUAAGUGACCGGACAAGUACAAAGAAACUUUGCUUUUUUAUCGCUGUGCAUCGGGCCAGAUUUUAUUUCGAUUGUUUGGUAGUGGGGUUCUCAAGGGCCCUUACCUUCAAUCAUCAUGGCUGACAUGGCCACACUUCCUAAUCAUGCUUCUCCAGUCAAACCCAUCAUCAAUAAUCAGGUUGUCAAGGCAACCGAUGACAGAUCGUGGAAGGCACAGAUUCAAGUUCCCCCAAAGGACAGAAGGAAACGUACCUCAGAUGUCACAGACACAAAAGGCAAUGAAUUUGAAGAUUUCUGUUUGAAAAGAGACCUGUUAAUGGGUAUAUUUGAGAAAGGUUGGGAGCGACCAUCACCCAUCCAGGAGGCAUCCAUCCCUGUAGCACUUAGUGGAAGAGAUAUUUUGGCAAGAGCAAAGAAUGGAACUGGAAAGACGGGGGCUUAUUCGAUUCCCCUCCUAGAGCAGAUUGAUCCAACUCAAAACCACAUUCAAGCCAUGGUCAUUGUACCAACUCGAGAGCUGGCACUGCAGACUAGUCACAUUUGUAAUGAGUUGGCAAAACAUAUUGGAGUUAAGGUCAUGGUGACAACAGGUGGUACCAAUCUUAAGGAUGACAUUAUGAGAAUUUAUGAAGUUGUGCAUGCAGUCAUUGCCACUCCUGGUAGGAUCCUUGAUCUUAUGGAGAAAAAAGUAGCUGUGAUGGAUAAGUGCAAGAUGUUGGUGUUAGAUGAGGCUGAUAAACUGCUGUCACAAGACUUCAAGGGCAUGUUGGACCGUGUCAUUUCCUACCUGCCAGCUGAACGACAGAUUCUUCUGUACUCGGCAACAUUUCCACUAACAGUUGAACAAUUCAUGAAGAAACACCUAAGAUCACCAUACGAGAUCAAUUUGAUGGACGAACUAACCUUAAAGGGGGUGACGCAAUACUAUGCCUUUGUCCAAGAAAGGCAGAAGGUCCACUGUUUAAAUACUUUGUUCUCAAAGCUACAAAUCAACCAAAGUAUAAUCUUCUGCAACUCAACCCAACGAGUCGAGCUUUUGGCCAAGAAGAUCACUGAUCUGGGGUAUUCUUGCUACUAUAUACAUGCCAAAAUGGCUCAGGCUCAUCGUAAUCGAGUUUUCCAUGACUUCCGCGCAGGCUUGUGCAGGAAUUUAGUUUGUUCUGACUUGUUUACCAGAGGUAUAGACAUCCAAGCAGUGAAUGUUGUGAUAAAUUUUGACUUCCCAAAGAUGGCCGAGACCUAUCUCCAUAGGAUUGGUAGGUCUGGACGAUUUGGCCACCUAGGUAUUGCAAUCAACCUGAUUACUUAUGAUGAUCGAUUUGCACUGCACCGUAUUGAGCAGGAAUUGGGAACGGAGAUUAAGCCUAUACCCAAGGUCAUUGAUCCUGCACUGUAUGUGGCAGAACAUCACCUUGAAGAAGAUGAUGAAGGAAACAUUAGCAAGUAAUCCCUGUAUCAUGUGGGCAAGCUUGGGACGUGGGAAUUCAAAAGUUUAUUCCCCAUUGUUUAGUGUCCCAAGGCCACUUUCGGCAGCCAUCAUCAGGAAGGCAGAAGACCUUACUCGCCGCAUAGGCAUCACCCAAUUGGUUGUAUGGGUGGUACUGUAAAGUAUGGUGUGAAAGAACUUUUUUCAAGUGGUUUCCAAGACUGUAACUGAACUGCAAGACAGUAUAGAUUUGACUCUGAAAUGUUCUUUUCUCAGGUGGUAUUCUACAAAUACAAAGAUGACCCAGAAAAUGGUGUGUUAUGUGAGUAGUGUCUGAAAGUGUUUUUACUGAUGGUUUGUGAUGCCUAUGCGGUGCUCGUGCUAUGUUCUCCGAUGCUCGGCUGGUCCAGAGAAUGAGCAGCUGCGAUGUAGACGGCACAGAAUAUGCAGCAAGUGUUGUGGCACAAACAGCAUUGUGGUUGUUACCAUAGAUUACACUAUGGAAAAUACUUAAUGGAAUGAGUUUCAUAGUUCAUUGUUAAGGUAUUUCUUGACACCUGCAUACACAGGCUAAAGUGUUCGCAACAAUGACGGUUAAUUUUUUUAUUUAUUUUUAUUUUUUAAAAUCCUGAAUGGGUUCGUUUUGUCAGGUUGUUGAAGUGGAAGUGUUUGAAAAAAAAAAGAACUGGGUCUUGUUCAUGAACAGUGUUAAUAAUUCGCAAGACAUAAAUCCCAUGGCUGGCAUAUACAAGAAAUCUGAAGCCAGCUGAUAUACAAAUGUUAGUCUGUGAUGUAUUUGUAAUGACUUGAACAGACCACGGAAGAAGCAAGGCAAGACGAGCAGGAACUAGUGACUGGAUUUUGCCUCCCUUUUGGUGGGUUUACGAGGUGGUCUUGGCUUCUGAAUAUUUAUGUACAGUUAGAACAAGUGCAUUGUUACCAUCAUUGGAAGUUAAAAUGUUUCUGGAACUUCAAAAAACAAAAAAAAAAUAGACUUCCUCAUUUGCAGUUGAGGUUGUUUUUCAAAAAAUAGAAACCAUCACCCAAGGUUUUGCAGUCCAAUUUGGUGUGACAAUGCACAUUUGGUAGUUUUGUAAAUCUAUUUUUAUACAAGAUGGAGUUCAAAGUUUCCAGUGGGCUAAAUAGGUUUGAAACCUCCAACUAAAAUGAAAGGGUGGGUCCACCAGGAACAACCUUUUGGCACCACUGGUACUUGGCACUCCUCUGUGUACAGUUUUUCCUGUGAAGGUCUGACUCGGCACCAGCCUACCGACUUCAUUUGCAAUGGGAAAUUUGUAAAAAAUAUAUUUACCAUCAUUGGUACAGUGCUGUGAGAAAUGGACUCUUACGAAUAGCACUGAGAGAGAUGUACAAGGCUUGGUGAAACAAUGGUGAUGGGUUUGAUGAUGGCUUCAACUGAAGCCAGCGAUGGAUUAUUCUAAUUGAGAAGAUUUAUGGAUUUCAAAAGCUUCAAUCCCAAGCCACUACUGAGUAGUGUAUUUUGCAGAGUCAAUGCUAGGGUUUGAGGAUUUAUUGAAGUGCCUAAAUCUAGCCAAUUAUCCCACACUAACAUCAGCUGCAAAUAGUCAUGGCAGCAUCUAAUUACUUUCAGUGAUAGGACCCACCCAGACUUUACCUGAUCAAUUUAAUAUUGCUCCCCUUAAAAUUCAGUUAAUGUGUUUUUAUUAGUUUUUAUUCAUUUUUCUUUUUACAUUUCUGAUCAGGUGGGGUUUUAAAUGUUUUGGUUUCAAUGGAGCAAAUGUACUCCAGUUUUACAGUUGACAAGAACAUCGGUCACAGAAUUCCAUCAGAGGAGUACUCUAGCUAUGAGUGUUUGUAGUCCUGCAUUCAUAGCUUGAUGAAAUAUUAGUUAAAAUCCAGGCAAUAUAUAUUUUUUUUAUUGUUAAUGUAAAUGACAACCAGUUCUUGUCUGGUCCUUUAUUGUUUUGUUUUGGUUUACAGGACUGCUACCACUGGCAUAAAUGCCAACUAUUUAUUUAUUUUGUAUUUUUUGAUGUUAUCUUUUGAGGUUAUCAUGUAAUUUUGAUAAUAUCUUGCAUUUUUUCACAUGGUUUUUUAAACAAAAUGCUUUAAUGCAUAAUUAGUUCAUUAUAAAAGAUUUACAGAAGUGCUAUGUCAGUAAAAUGUUUAUGGAGUACAAACAUUGUAAGAAGGAAAAUACUUUCCGAUAAUUAGGAGCAAGAUAUUAACCAACUGAUGGCAGUAUUUAAUGUGCUUCAAAUGGUACUGGAAAUUGGCGAGUGUACUUUUGUAAUACGAAAUUGCAUUGCUCCAAUUGAAGGUAACCAAGGCUGAAAAGGGAAUAAGUUGUAUGCAGUUAUUUAUCUCCUGAAGGAUAAAACUGGACAGUUGAGGUGAUUGAAAUAUUAAAUGGUAAUUUCCCAUAUUGAAGAUGACAGGCACAACAAAGUACAGCACUCGGGCUGCAGGGGUAAUCAUGACAAGUUUAAUUAUAUUUUCCCCCAGUUGCAUCUUUUCAUGACCACCAUGAAUUGUUGAUGUGCCCAUGAAUUACCAUCUUGGUUUUUAUAGUGGUUCUUUAUCUUUUUUAUUAGUAUAAUAUUUGAGUUGCACUUUUUUUCAUUAUUCAAGAAUUUGCAUCUUGAAUGUGCUACCAGUCUGUUAUUUUUUUCAUUUCUCUUUAAAUAGUUCAUGCAGAUUGGACAAAAAUAACACCAAACAAAGGAGCUUCCUUUAUUUUUGUUCAUAUUAUAGUUCUCAUUGGAAAAGGCAUUGAUUUCCUUGUAGCUCCAAAGGAAUGUUUAUUUUAUUUAUUUAUUAUAAUUAUAAUUGUUAUUAUUGUUAUAUCUAAAAGGAAAAAAAGGGAGAUCUGUAGUUCCAUAAAUAAGAGGCUUUAAAUCUGACAGUUUUAGAUUCUAAAAUGUUAAAUUCAGAAAUUGUAAAGAAGUUUUAUUAUUUUUCAUUUUGUAUAUGGCAAACCUUUAAAACAAAUCCAUUACUUUAAAAUGACUGUUAGACAAACCUCCCAUGAUUGCGUGGACUGUAACAUCAACUGGAACUAAUAGUCCACCCGAAAUAAAAAAAAGAAAAAAAUGUAAAAAAAAAGAUAAAAAUCAUAUAAAAAAAAAAGUGACGGAGUAGCGAAAAUUGGCUCUUUGGCAAUCCGAUUCGAAAUUUCUUUAUUUCAAAUUUGUAUUCAUCUACAAAAUUGUCAAAAUCAUUCAGUAAAUCAAAAAUAAUUCUCCUCACUUCAAAA